UCACCAGCAGCAUGAAGCCUGCGCUGCUUUUCCAGCUCCUGCUGUUGACUUGCUUAGCACCACAGCUGGUGUCUGGGAGUCCCAAGCAACAUUUUUCGAGGUAUAUCUUGGAACCUCCACCCUGCAGAUCGGACCCUGAAAACUGUACUCAUUUCUGCACAUUGCAGGAAGAUUGCCAUCCAGGAUUUCAGUGCUGUUCUGCCUUCUGUGGUAUAGUCUCCUGUCCUCUGCAGAAUGGUUCCCCUCAACUGACCAUUCCUGCUCUGGAGCCCCUGGUGUUGGCUGGGAAGAUCAAGUGA